CGGCGGCGCCUGCGCGCUGCGGAGGCGGCGGCGGCGGAGCGGCCUGAAGCAGCCCGCGGGGAGAGCGGGCGGCGGCUGCGGGGGUUCGGCGUGUCGCGUCCCACGGCGGCCGUGAUCGUGCGCCAAGAUGCCUGCGGUGUCGAAGGGCGAUGGCAUGCGAGGCCUGGCGGUCUUCAUCUCCGAUAUCCGCAACUGCAAAAGUAAAGAGGCAGAGAUAAAGAGGAUAAAUAAAGAACUAGCAAAUAUUCGGUCAAAAUUUAAAGGUGACAAGGCUCUGGAUGGUUACAGUAAGAAAAAAUAUGUCUGCAAACUGCUCUUCAUCUUUCUGCUGGGGCAUGACAUUGACUUUGGUCACAUGGAAGCUGUAAACCUGCUCAGUUCCAAUAGAUAUACAGAGAAACAAAUAGGCUAUCUGUUCAUCUCCGUUCUGGUGAACUCCAACAGCGAGCUCAUUCGCCUGAUAAACAACGCCAUCAAGAACGACCUGGCCAGCCGGAACCCCACCUUCAUGGGCCUUGCUCUGCACUGCAUUGCCAACGUAGGCAGCCGGGAGAUGGCAGAAGCAUUUGCUGGAGAAAUUCCCAAAAUUCUUGUGGCUGGGGACACUAUGGAUAGUGUGAAGCAAAGUGCUGCUUUAUGCUUGCUGCGUUUAUACAGAACUUCUCCUGACCUUGUUCCCAUGGGAGACUGGACAUCUCGAGUGGUUCAUCUCCUCAAUGACCAGCACUUGGGUGUGGUUACUGCAGCUACAAGUCUGAUCACCACUUUGGCACAGAAGAACCCGGAAGAGUUUAAGACUUCAGUCUCCUUGGCAGUGUCUAGAUUAAGCAGAAUUGUAACUUCUGCAUCAACAGACCUUCAGGAUUAUACAUACUACUUUGUUCCUGCUCCCUGGCUAUCUGUGAAGCUUCUAAGGCUGUUACAGUGCUAUCCACCUCCAGAAGACCCCGCGGUACGUGGCCGUCUGACAGAAUGCCUGGAAACCAUCCUCAACAAAGCACAGGAGCCACCAAAGUCAAAGAAAGUGCAACACUCAAAUGCGAAGAAUGCUGUCCUGUUUGAGGCAAUAAGCUUAAUUAUACAUCAUGACAGUGAGCCAAACCUACUAGUCCGUGCCUGUAACCAGCUAGGUCAGUUCUUGCAGCACCGAGAAACUAAUUUGCGUUACCUAGCACUGGAAAGCAUGUGCACGCUUGCCAGCUCUGAAUUCUCACAUGAGGCUGUGAAAACACACAUAGAAACAGUUAUCAAUGCACUGAAGACUGAAAGAGAUGUAAGUGUACGACAAAGAGCUGUUGAUCUCCUGUAUGCGAUGUGUGACCGAAGCAAUGCCCAGCAGAUUGUGGCUGAAAUGCUCAAUUACCUGGAGACUGCUGAUUAUUCCAUUAGAGAAGAAAUUGUUCUGAAGGUUGCAAUUCUAGCUGAGAAGUAUGCAGUGGAUUACACCUGGUAUGUGGAUACAAUCCUGAAUCUGAUUCGCAUUGCUGGUGACUAUGUCAGUGAAGAAGUGUGGUACCGAGUUAUUCAGAUUGUCAUCAACAGGGAUGAUGUGCAAGGAUAUGCAGCAAAGACUGUUUUUGAGGCCCUUCAAGCUCCAGCAUGCCACGAGAAUCUUGUAAAAGUAGGUGGCUACAUCUUGGGAGAAUUUGGAAAUCUGAUAGCAGGUGAUCCAAGAUCAAGUCCCCUCAUCCAGUUCAACUUGCUACAUUCCAAGUUUCAUCUGUGUAGUGUUCCUACCCGAGCUCUGCUUCUGUCUACCUACAUCAAGUUUGUGAACCUGUUUCCAGAAAUCAAAACUACAAUUCAAGAUGUGCUGCGCAGUGAUAGUCAGCUAAAGAAUGCUGACGUUGAACUGCAGCAGAGAGCUGUUGAGUAUUUGAGGCUCAGUACUAUUGCUAGUACUGAUAUAUUGGCUACCGUGUUGGAAGAAAUGCCUCCCUUUCCAGAGAGGGAAUCUUCUAUUUUGGCUAAACUGAAGAAGAAGAAAGGCCCAGGCACAGUUACUGACCUGGAAGAGAUCAAAAAGGAGAGGAGCUCUGAUAUGAAUGGAAGUGCUGAACCUGCCUCUGCCACUGAUGUUUCUACUCCUUCUCCAUCGGCGGAUCUGCUGGGUCUGGGUGCUGCCCCUGUCACCAAUCCAGCUCCCCCACCUUCCUCUAGUGGUAGCCUGCUCGUGGAUGUAUUUUCAGAUUCAGCUUCUGCAGUUGCACCUCUUGCUCCUGGUUCUGAUGACAACUUUGCGAGGUUUGUGUGUAAAAAUAAUGGAGUCUUAUUUGAAAAUCAGUUGCUACAAAUUGGUUUGAAGUCUGAAUUUCGACAGAACCUGGGACGUAUGUUCAUAUUCUAUGGUAAUAAGACAUCAACACAGUUCUUGAAUUUUACUCCAACAGUAAUCUGCUCAGAUGACCUUCAGUCAAGCCUGAAUCUUCAGACAAAACCUGUUGACCCCACAGUGGAUGGAGGUGCACAGGUUCAGCAGGUUGUGAACAUCGAAUGUGUGUCAGACUUCAUGGAAGCUCCCAUCCUGAACAUUCAGUUCAGGUACGGUGGAACAUUUCAAAAUCUUUCGGUAAAAUUACCCAUCACUCUGAAUAAAUUUUUCCAGCCAACAGAGAUGUCUUCUCAAGACUUUUUUCAGCGUUGGAAGCAGCUGAGCAAUCCAAAACAGGAAGUACAGAAUAUCUUUAAAGCAAAGCACCCAAUGGAUGCAGAGAUCACGAAAGCAAAGAUAAUUGGAUUUGGAUCAGCCCUGCUUGAGGAGGUAGAUCCCAAUCCUGCUAACUUUGUUGGUGCUGGUAUCAUACACACAAAAACCACUCAGAUUGGAUGCUUGCUGCGCCUUGAACCCAACCUCCAGGCACAGAUGUAUAGGCUCACACUACGAACAAGUAAAGAAGCUGUAUCUCAGAGAUUAUGUGAAUUGCUGUCAGAACAGUUUUAAUAUUAACCAUGUCAGUUUUGGUUUUUCCACUUAUAUCACUGUCAUCAUACUGCAAAUAAAUGUCUUGUACAUCACUGUCUGAGUACUGCAAUGUUAACCAAUACCAGCUCCCUGCCUUAAUAGGACUUGACCCUUGUUUGAAAUUAAGACUAUUAAAUGUACAGUACAGGGAAGUGACUUUUUCCAUUAAAAAUGGCUUUUAGUGUGUUACACAGAGGGUGGGAGGGCUGUCUUUUGCUCCUUUUUUUUGCAGAGGUCAGGCUUUUAAACUUGUUGAAGGGAAAUUGUUUUAGUUGUGGCAAUCAAGGAUUUCAGCUGAAAAUAGCUCAAAAACCUUCUGCUUCAGUACCUUUAAGAGAUACUUUCUCUGCUCUGAGCUGAAAGAAACCGAUUUACUGCUGCUCAGGAAGGUUAAUUCCCAUGUUAAUGUAGAGUCAAAACUUUGUAAAGUUUAACAUUUCCGCAAGUUGUCUAAUGGAUGGAAGGGCAGAUUUGAAGAUGUGUUUGAAUCUGAUUAAAGAUUUAUGUUGUGUCAGCAAUCUUUGUAUUUGAAAGAUGCCACAGGACCAGAGUCUUAAAAGUAUCAAUCUUGUAAUAUUUUACAUCUUAAUGUUUUCUGAUAUUUGGAUUGAACACAAAAACUAUUCUUAAUCCUUCUGCUUAUCUCUGUUAAUGAGGUGAGCCUCUCUGGUAGGGGGUGAGUGAGUAUAUACUUGUUUGUUGUUUCUCAGUGAAGUUAAACAUUCUGUUUGCCAUCAGACUUCACAAGUCCUGAUGAUGUGAUGCAAUUAACUGCAGAAAACUGCAGUAUUGUAUAAAAGAAGUGGGAAGAAAUGGGCCCUUGAAGGGCCGUAAGGCAUGCACUCUUAGGCGAAAAUGUAAUUGUAAUCAAUAUAUGUUCCCCAGUGUACAUUAAUGUUCAGACUCAAGAGGUUGAAUAACUGAUAUCUAAGCAGUUUCCUUCCUGUCAGUGGUAAAAAUGUCCAACAUGGUGUAGAAAACUUCUGUUGAAAGUGUUAGACCCAAAAAUGUUCAUCUUUUCUAGUGGUUUUUACAGCCAAAAUCUUUGUACCUUGCUUCACAUCAAACUCUUUGCAGCCUCUCUGCAGAAGUCAGUGGACAGAAGUUUUGGCUCACGCUCCUCAAGCCUUGAGAUGCAACAGAGGCUGCUAAACCAAAGCAGGUGAGGUGGCCCAGUUAGAAACCCUGGGCUGGUGUCAGCAAGAGCUACAGAUCGCGGUGAACAAAAUCAGCUCCUGCUGACAGGAGGAGGGAACCUCAGGUCAAGAUUUCCUCAUGGCCAUUGAAUGGAAGCCUGGGACUGCUGUGUCACAACACAUACAGACAAGCAUGCCCAGGAAAUGAAGGUGUUGAGUCAUGGUGGUGACACUGAAAAUACAUUUAAAUGAGGCUGCUGUCAUGCUGCCCAGUGCUCAACAGGGGACAGGACUCUCCAUGAUUGAGUGUGCCUUGCUUUUUGUCUUCAGUGCUUUGAGACUAAAUGAUGCAACUGGGAGGUUAUCACUUGGUUUGGCCGAAAGCUCCUGCUUGUACUUGAGUAAAAGUGAAAAAUGAGGAACAAAGGUUUGGCUGUGAUGUAUGGAUUUUGGGUGAUAUGUUUUGUUUUUCCAGAAAUAGCUGGUAACUAUGGAUAUUAAAGCUGAAAACUUGGCAAAGACCUGUUUUUUUGCAAAAGUUCUCUUGAACAAUUGGUGCCUUUAAGGCCUUUCAAAUUCUUCUUACUUCUCUUUAAUCAUAAAUAUUGUCAUUGAAAGUCUUGGUGAGGGGUUCCUGCAGUCAGGUUGGGCAGUUGGCAAAUACUGAUGGAAUACCUUUUGUUUUCUCCUCUUGAUGCUCUGUGUCUCAUUAUUAGUCCUCUUAUGUUAACCAUGCUCUUGGCUGCUGUGUUAAAAUCUUAUGUGCUGAACUAAAGGGAGUCUUAGCAAAGACAGAGGAGGAGGUUCUCUUUUGUAUUUUCCAAAUCCUGUUGUAUAUCUGUCCCCCUGAAAAAUGUUCUGUGCCCUCAUUAAAGGACACCUUGAGACACUGCACUACUUUAUUUCACUUUGCUUUGGUUCAAAUGUGCUAAAAUGUGCAUUAAAAUGUGGGAAGGAGGGGGGGUAAGGGAAAGUGUCUUUUCAGUGGUGACUGUGUUAAGCUUAUGACUGUUCACUCUUUGUAUUAAAUGUCAGCUCAACGAAGCCAUGAGCAGAAAAGUGAACAAAUUAAAGACAAAUACUUGAUUUUAUUUUUUUUGUGAAUGAUGGUUAACUUACCAGUGAUGUAUCCUGUCAAGCAGACAAAGUAAUUUCUGCAGUAAACAGUGUUAUUGUUUUUAAGUGCAGUAUUUUCAGGCAUUGACAUGUGAAAAUAACUGAAUAGCAAAACAGGUAGCAUAUGUUCAUUCUUGACCUACACUCCAGUAUGUAACAUUUAUGGUGAUUGUCUUAUUUGUAUAAAACAAAGUUCUGUCAAAUUAAGUGGAGAAUUUUCAUAUAGAAGACUAUAUAUUAGACUAUAUUCAUCAGAAGAACAUAUUAAGAUUAAAUAAAUGAUUAGAACAGUGA